UUGUGAGCCUGACGAAAUCCGACACUAUUGGUCAGCAACCGCACGUUAUCGAAACACUUCCUGCAAAGCUUCAUGGCAGAGAAGGAUGUCAUGAAGUGACAACUACGUUGUAUGUUCAUACAAUCUUCUAUUUAGGUUGCAGAUGUGGAGCAGAAUACUGAGUCCUCGAGUGUUUGGUAGAACAGGUUUCUAUUGGAGGAGUCUCUUCACAAUGCAGCUGAAGACCAGUGAGUUCCAGUCUCUGUUCAAUGAUGGACUGAAUGGACUAGCAGAGGUGUUUGAGAAGCACCAGCAUGAGCUGAGGAUAGCUGGAGGUGCUGUACGAGACCUGUUGUCUGGGAAGCAGCCUCAAGAUGUAGACUUUGCCACCACAGCCACUCCAGAGGAGAUGAAGCACAUGUUCCAAAGUGCUGGGAUCAGGAUGAUCAACAAUAAAGGAGAGAAGCAUGGGACCAUUACAGCAAGACUGCACAAUGAGAACUUUGAGGUGACCACGUUGCGAGUGGAUGUUCAGACAGAUGGACGUCAUGCAGAGGUGGAAUUCACCACUGACUGGCAGAAAGAUGCGGAGCGGAGAGACCUCACCAUCAAUUCCAUGUUUUUAGGGCUUGAUGGCACAUUAUAUGACUAUUUCAAAGGAUACGAAGACCUGCAGAACCGUAAAGUUCGGUUUGUUGGCAGUGCUGAACAAAGAAUCCAAGAGGACUACCUGAGAAUACUGCGCUAUUUCAGGUUCUACGGCAGGGUGGCCCUGGAGCCUGAUGACCACGAGCCUGAGACGUUGGUUGCGAUUAAGGAAAACGGUCGUGGACUUGCAACUAUAUCAGGAGAACGGAUUUGGGUGGAACUAAAGAAGAUGGUUGUUGGUAACCAUGCUGCUCAUCUACUGGAGCUGAUGUACAGUCUGGGACUGGUCCAGUACAUAGGUUUACCUCCAGAUGGCAAUGUUGAAGAGAUGAAGCGAGUGUGGCAGAAUGCCAAAGACCACUCUCCCAAACCCAUGACCAUCCUGGCUGCUCUCUUCCACUGCCCAGAGGAGGUGGAAAAGAUGGACAUCCGACUGAAGGUGUCCAGGGAGGAGAAGAAUCUGGCUCUGUUCCUGGUCAAUUACAGACGGGAGCUCCGCAAGUGUGAAGAUGAGCCGGACAGCCUCAAACCCUUCACUGACUUUAUCAUUGACAGUCGGGAGCUGGAUUCCCAGAGUAAAGUGUGUGAGCUACUAAAGUAUCAAGGUGAGAAGAAGCUGCUGACUGAGCUCUGCAGAUGGUCCAUCCCUCGCUUCCCUGUGAGCGGUCACGAUCUGAGGAGGAUGGGCGUCACAUCAGGCAAGGAGAUAGGCGCCACCUUACAGAAGCUCCGUGACAUCUGGAAGAAAGGUCGCUAUCAGAUGGACAAAGAUGAACUCCUCAGUUACAUAAAGCCUUGAAUGAGCAGAAAAGCAAAGGUAUUGUUGUGUGUCAGACAAUAAUAGUCUGGACACUGGACACUGUAAUUGUGCGGCUCACAGGUAUUAAUUGCGCAGACUGAUGCAUGUUGUUGAGAAAGGACACUGCAAGACCUGAGACAUGCAUGAAUGCACCUUCAUUCUAAAUUACCCCAGGGCUAUCUUGUUCAUCUGCAUCGCCAUGUAAGUUCUAAGAGAUCACACACAAUAUGCUCUCAGCAUCACAGCUGCCACCAUGUGUCAAAAUAUGUACUGGACAAUGGCAGCUGAUUUAACCACAGGGUGUUAUUACAGAGCUCUGCUGUUUAUGCAAAUUCUUUGGAUAAACAGCUGAUAUUAUACUGAUGCUCAGCUAAUUGAAAUCUUAACUUUUUCACUCUGGGGAGCCCUGGUAGCUCACGUGAUUGAGCGUGCCCCACGAAUCCAGGUUCGAUUCCAGCCCUUUGUUGCAUGUCAUCCCCUCUCUCUCUCUGCCUGCCUUUCCUGUCUCUCUCCAGCUAUCGCUAUCGCCCAAUAAAGCAGAAAUGCCACACACAAAAAAGAAAACUUUGUCACUUUGUCUCACUAGUUAGACUGGUGUGAUGAAGGAAGAUGAAACAUGAAGGCAGGAAUCUGAUGAAUAGUGAAAAAGUGUCAGGUCAGUAACUAUAGAAAAUAGUUAUUUUCAUUAUUAAAAUAAAACAAUAUUGGAAAGCAGACGUUUAGGGUUGAUUGUUUUGGUUUCCUCUUCAGUUUAACUGCAGUAAUGUAUUUCUUUGCUAUGUUUUCUGUAAAGAAACUGUUCUAUAAAAAGGUUAUACUUUUUAUUGGGAAAAACUGACAUGGUGAUUCUUUUGUUUAAGUUAAUGCACUGCAGAUAGAUAGAUAGAGAUACAAAUAAAAAAAAUUACAACACUUCUA